UUUUAUACGUUUUAUAAUCUUUAAUUUUAUACUAUUUAAAAAUUGUCAGAUGUUCCGAUCAUUUUUAAAAAUUUUAUUUGGUAUACCAGGUAGGACUCAUUCAAACCCAUUUCUAUUAUUAAGUUUUAUCUUAAUUUUCAUAGAAGUAUACCAAAGAUAGAUUGCCUGUAAUAUAUAUGUAUAAUCAAAAUUACGUUUAUGUAGGUGUUUUUGAAAUCCUUUCAUAAGUAAAAAUUUCAAUUGAUGCUUCCCUGUUAUCAUAAUUUUCUCAAAUAAUAGUGAAUAGACAAUACAUAUAAUAGAACAAAUUUUUACUUAAGCAAUCAGAAUCAUUUUAUUUUCUAUUAUUGUAAUUUAAAUAUCAAUAAUGAUAUUUUUUAUUUUAUUCAUUUGUCAGAAAUUUUUUUUACAAUCUAUACAAGUACAUUAAGCAAAUUUGAUGACAGCUAUUAUAUACAUAUAAUAUAUAGCAGUGUCACCCGUCUAAGAAGUUAAAAAAAAAAAAAUGCGCAAACAUAUUGACUGGAACGCCUGAUUAGUUUUGGUGUUUGAAGGUUUGGCUAUGGCCCCAUAGUUGUAUGCCAUAGGACCAGACUGGACGGAUUAAAAAUUUGUAUAUGAUUAGUUUAUUGAAAAGAGAGAGCUGAGAUUUAAAUAGAAAUCUGAGAAGACGGAGUCUGGAGUUUUAUGUUUUAAAUGUGGGCCCCAAAUGAGUUUUUUGUCCAAGAUUGUGUUUUAUGCAACCGUGUACUUCAAUCGGGGUAUAUAAGGUUUUAUUUUUACACUAAAUGUUGCAAAGAAAGAUUAUGCAUACAUUGUUACAAUAAUCAUCUAAAAGAAUACAAUACAUGUCCAAAAUGCAACAACAAAGGUGUUCGUGCAGCUAAAACAGAAUUAAAACUUCCAUGUGUAAUUUGCCAUGAAAAAAAUGCAGACAAUAGUUUUUCUCCAUAUUGCCUACAUUGGUAUUGCAAAAAAUGUCUAGAUAAUGAGAAAAAAAACGAGAUAAAUGUCAAUACUGUUUGGAACAUAUUCACAAAUCAUUUUUAAGGAAAUUAUUUCUUUAACGUUCAUGAAAUUUUAUGUAAUUAAUGUAACCUACACACAGAAAAAAAUUCGAUUAAUUUGAUUAUAAAUAUUAAAAGUUUAUUAAAUAAAAAAAUAUGUAUUCUUCUUAAAAAUAUAUUAAUUGUAUUUCCAACU